AUGGGGGAUAGUGGUUGUAAGAAGGUUCGUCAAAGGCGUUUUCGAGUGCCUGUAGUGCCCCUAGCGUUUCUCUGCAUGAUGCGCUGGGGGCGGCAUGAGGGGGGACGUUGGCGAAGUUUAGUUCGAGAUAGUCUGGAGGAGACGAUAAGUAGGUGCAAGAAUUUAUAUUUUGUAGAAGACGAUUUUGCUGGUACGGUUGAAUGGGCGUGGAGGCUCGAAGAAGAAACGGUUAUGAUAUGUGUAAAGGCACUUUUAGGAAGUUUGUUUCACCAGAGCAGGGUUAGCGAUGGGGUGACGGAAACGACGGACAGCUCCGUUUCUGUGAAGGAAAAGUUGACAUGUAGCCGACCAUGGGAAGGGCCUGGGUGGGAUGGGGGCAGCGUGGGAUGGAUCGGUUAUGAGGGGAGUUUGGUAUAA